UUUUUAUUAUUAUCUGAAUGUUCAAAUUUUGUCUACACGACGCUCUCACAGCUAUUUUCUAAUUUUAUAACAUUAUUCUUCAGUUGAGUAACAAGCAGUUACGUUUUGUUGACCAAUGAAUUUUUAAAGCUCAACGUGUAAAAAUUACAAAUUUCUGACAUGUCUGGAGUCAGUAGCCCUCCAGCGUCUGGAAGUGGCGCAACAGCUGACGUCAUAACCCAGGCACCGGUGACUAUUGGGGAUCAUGUGUGUUUCUACGCACCAGAAGCUCUUGGAUAUCUUUACAACAGACAGGCGGGAAUCCAGUUCAACACUCUGGCAGUGAGCAGAGACCCCGAUCAAAUCUACCCUAAUUUACCAGAUCCACAUGUGGCCGUGUUCAAAAUAUGCGUGGCCAACAGAUACAAGCUUGACAAGCAGCUCCGUAAGCUACAAGAACAGAUCAGGAUCGAUGUUGACAACGUAGCUCUGAAGGCGAAACUCAAUGAAGCGGAGAUUGCAGCUCAGGCUGAGAGAGAAGGCAACGUAGCCGAACAGAAACGUCUGCAGGGCAAAGCACUGACAUAUGGGGCCACGAUCCAGCUGGAGCACCAGUUCUCCCACCGGUUCAUCCACGUGAACACGAACAAGACUUCGAGGACAUCCUCGAGCGACAUGAUGGUGGAGUUGCUGCCUCACAGUGCUAAAAGCGCACACUUCAAAAUCAUGCCCAGAUACAAAGUGAAGUCGGAGGGAGAUGUGGUGCGCUAUGACGACCAAGUGGUGCUUGAGAGCGUGAAGAGCUUAGGCCAGUAUCUCAAAGUCAGCGCCCUUCCCCUCAAACGACUCAUCAGCCCCGAGGCCGGAAAAAUGGAAGUCAACUUGUCAGUACGGCAAUCGGGUCUGAAGAUUUACCAGUUCUCAAAGGCAGACGACUCACGGCACAAAUAUUUGGUGGGUGGUUCCAUUGUGCGAUUGUUUCAUAAGGAGCUGGAAGCAUACGUUGUUGCUGAGGGACUAUUUGAUUGGUCAGACACCCAAGGAAUACACCUUAGGGUGCGAGAGAUAGACCCCUCCGCUCCUAAGACCAUGUCCCCAUCAUCUAGUGCCAUCACCUACUGGCAACUAGAGCUGGAGGAGGGACCACUGCGAGGUGAUCCAAUCAAGUGGGAGAGCCAGCUUCGCUUCCGCAACAUGGUCACCCGCAAGUAUCUCACAAUUGCACCCGACCGCAGUUUCUUCAUGACCAGGAGCGGAAAGGAUCCCAAUACAGUGUGGCGAGUGACUCCAGUUAUCGGAGAGGAUCUCUAUCUAGAUGGGGACUCCUAUGCCAGAUUCGAGCAUGUGGUGACUGGAUUGUGGAUGCAUGCUAUGUCAAACGAUUUCAUGAAGAAGGGGCGUGGCGCUGCUGUGUCGCGAGGCGGGAAAAGAGGGAAAGGAGGUAAGAGCAGCAUGUCUGACCUGGAGUGGGACGAUGCCCAGUGCAAGAUGUUGGGAACAAGUGAGAGCAUGCAGUAUGAUGACGCGUUCACACUCCAAGUGGUGUCAGAAGAUCUGCAAAGGGCGUUCAAUUUCGUGGCCGGCUGUGUCCCCCUACUGCAGAAGUUCGUGCAGGAAAAGAGCGAUAAGUCAGGUGGGGUGCAGUUGAACGAGGAGGCGUGUGUCAGAGUGUGUAGUCUGCUGGACAGUCUAACGGAGUCCAUGUUUGAGCAUGGUAUUAUAAAAAAAUACAGACAGAAACUGCUGCGGAACUUGAUGGUUGUGGAGUUGAUAAUUGCGAUGUUGCGACUGGACCUGGCCAAUGCUGCCGACCACCACUUCCUCACCCGUAUCUUCGUCAGGUGCUACGAAGUCCUCUUCACAUACCUUCUGGGGGACAGCAGGAAGAACGAGUUGUACAUUGCAGGACACAUGGAGUUCUUCCUCACUCAGAUCAGCUUCCCUGGUGAGGUUGGGAUUGAGGCGACCACAAUGGUGACUGAAUUGAUCAGAGACAACCGACAGAUAGUAGAGAGGAUGCAGAGCCAUCACAUCGACGCAUUUAUACAGCUACUCUUUAAAAACCAGAACUACAGAUAUUUGGAUUUGCUCAAUGUGUUGUGCGUGUGUGACGGCGUGGCCAUUUCAGACAACCAGAACUACAUCUGCAAAAAAUGGCUAGUCGAGACCCUCGAAACCAAUCAGUCCUGUUGUUUCCUGACUGAGACGGGAGCCCGUCUGAACCGGAGAACUAAGAAGCAGAGCCAUGACAAGAGCAUGACUUAUGUCUCCACCAACAAUGGCGCCUCAUGGAAGUCACUGAUUGAGAUGAUCAACGAAGGAGACACGGAGAGGCUCAUGUUUCUCACUCACCAGUUGGACUUGUUCGAAAAGCUGUCCUUCGGCAGGAAUGAGUACUGCAACAAGAUCAUCACCACCACUCUGGACUACCUGACGUGGGAGGAGGCAUUCAUGUGCAUGAGUGACGAGAGACUUCCGCCUGACCUCAGGGCCAAGUACUGUUCCAUCAUCAUAGUGUUGUUCGUGGACUUCGGGGAGAACUACUCCGUGGUGGAUCGGGUGCAACUGACGUUCGUCUACUCCGAACUGGAGGGUCUGAAGAGGCCAAAAACAGCCAGGGAUGCUGCCAGGGUCCAAGAGAGGCCAUUGAGUGAGUCGGAAGACGCAGACGCAGUGUCAAUUGACUCUGUUGACAGUAACAGGUCACCAGAGGAACUAUUUGUGCACAAUGUGGCCCGCAUCCGGCUCUGGAUCGAGAAGUUCCUGGACAAGAGUCAGAAUCAGGUGGCAUCCGAAGUAGGAUACAACCAGAUGGUGCGACAGGUGCUGCGUAUGGUGUGGUACCUGGUUGCAUUUGGCUACUACUCUGAUCAGAAGAUCCUGCAGAAGCUGGUGCUUGCCCUCAUCUCCAUCAUGGACGGCAGUGGGGAUCUGCCAUACCCAGAAGCACACCUCAAAAAACUUAAUGCUACUGAUCGUGAGAAGGUGAUCAGUAAGUUCAGAUCUGACGAGAGAUACCGACAAUUCGAGGAGAACAACCCGAUUGCUGAAUCCAAACAACAGGCGAUGGAGAUUCUAGACUUGGUGCUGAACAUCCGCUUCAACAACCGCAUGUCUCUCUUUAUCUUCCUGUUCAAACAGACCCACGCGGCCAUGAAGGGGGUGAAGGGGGGCAAAAACAAGGAACUGAUUCCCUUGAUGAGUCCUGAGUUCGACAUACAGAGUGACAGUGCCACGGCGUCCAAAGGGAGACAAGCGCUGAGGAAUCUGAUUGCAGAUACAGCGCUGCUGAAGGAUGGAGGAGCAAACAUGCGAGAGAUACUAUUGGAUCUAAGUCGUUACGACUAUGACGACAUGGUGACGAUGUCGAUGCACCUCCUCACUCGCUACUAUUCCGCGCACGAACUCAUCUUCGAGCGAGCCAUCAACGCCCAGGUUGUCGUGAAUGAGUCGAGCGUCGCGCUGUUCGAUGAAAUAUCCAAUAGACUACCAGUCCUCCGCCGCCUCACAGCUUCAAAAGUUUCGGAAGAGCAGGCCAAUGUCAUCAUCCCCUUGCUGGAUUACAUCCGGGAGGUGUCUAUGAUUGACACGGAGUCAGAGGAGGCGAACAGGAUGAACCAGAAUAUUCUGUCUAACCAGGAUGUCGUGGGGGACAUUUUUGACAUUUUGAGCCAGAAAGUGGAGUUCGGAGUACUGAUGGAAAGUGAGAGUCUCCAGGAGGUGAGGCGGAAAUCUUUUCUGGCUCUGAAGGCACUGGCCCAUGACAACCCCACCAUCCAGAACAGACUCUACAACCGCAUGUUUGAACUGUUGAAUGUACAGGGAGCAGACAAAGAACUCGCCAUGGCAUUAGUCGAGAUCUUCACAAAUAACAAGAACAACUGUCUCAAAUGUCCCAAAGACUUCAUCAAGAAAGUGAUGAUAGUGCUGUCCUCCAGAAAAGAGCCCGCCCUGUUAGUACUACUGCAGGCCAUAGUCAAAGUGGAGGAGAUCAACCUGCCUAUAAAAGGAAACCAGAACAGUGUCAUGAAGUUCUUCAUGGAGCACAGGGAGUCCAUAGCACCCAUGUUGGCGGAUGAAUCAAAGACACUAAAUGGACUAAUCAAGAAAAGUUCUCCAGAAGACACUGAAUACCUGGUGAACUUGGUGGAUCUAUUUGCCACGUGCGCAGAGGGUGAGAACAGGUUCAUAGAGUCAUUGUGUCAGACAGUGUUCUCGGCCGACGAACUGCUAGACCUCCUCACAGAUCCCUCAGUGUCUAACUCAGUAAAGAAAGCGAUGCUUCGAUUCCUCCUGUGGGUCUAUGUCAACACUGGGGGAGGAGAUGAGGUGGAAAUUGACUUCGCACAAGACAUGCGAAUGUGGGCCUUCAUCAAGAAGAUCUCGAAGCAGCUCGAGGAACUAAAUGUCGCCCUCAAUUCAGAAAAGAAGCUCAGCCUCUUCGUCAAAAAGGAGCCUCAAUUCGUGGGCGGAUCUGAGAUCCACUAUGCGGUGUAUUUUUACUUUGAGGCUGUGUUGCCCUUUUGUGAGGUGUACUUUAAAGACUUCUUCGAGAAGGAAAAAGUGCAACCAGAGCAGCUGCAGUUGGUCACUUCUUUGGCAAUGGCUCUUAAGGACUUCACGAAAAUCACGAUGCCGUACGUGAAUACUCAAAACAGGUUCAAGAUCCUCAUCAAGUGCACUGGAUUAGUGCUGAGCAAGUCCAGCGUAGCCCCUCCAGUGAUCAGAGAGUUCAACAGUCAGUACGGCAGACACAAACUCACUCAAGAGUUCGUCAGCGAAGCCAGGAAGGUGUAUGAACUGGAGUUUUCUGGAGAAGAGGAGAUCAACGAGAAAUUAAAUCAGUUCACAAGAAGCAUGAAGAAAUGCUACGGGGGAGUGAACACAGUCCAGGCCCAGCUGGGAUUCCCCAGCGACAGAGAGUAUGCGGAACAAGAAGACGAGGGUGGAGACGAGGAGUUGACUCUGGGAGAGGAGUUCCAGACUCUGUUAGUCUGCUACAGUGGAAACAGACCCAAAAAACUAUUGGAAACUUUGUGGAUCCUGACUUCCAGAAGGAGAUGGGUGCUAUUGACAAGAGUGACGUGGAAGACAAUGAGGAGGAGAUAAUCCAGGUGGGGUUCAAUUUCUACCACUUGGUGGUCAGACUGCAAGAUCUACACGGCACAGACGAACCAAUCGAGUCACGAGAAGCUGCUCGAAAACAGUUUGAUGACUUGUUCGAUCAGGCCAUGAACUACUUCGAGAGUCGCAGCAUGAGCAUAGAGGUACUCAAGGACGGAUUCCUGCAGAAGAUAUCCUUCAGAGUCAAGAGUCAGGAUGUGUUGCGUGAGGACGUGAAGGAGAUGAUGAAAUGGGAGGUGGACAGAAGCAGUCCUUCGAACAAGAUACGCGACUUCGUCUCCUGGUCCAAGGACAUCAUCAACGACAUCAAGUACCAGACCAGAAUCAUGUCAAACCCAAUACCCGCAUUCCUCAUCACCAACAGCAACUUGUGGCACAACCUUGUUCUGCUGGUUACCUUCAUCCUGAACUUGUUCAUACUCUUCACAUGGGACGCUCCUGCUGACGUUUCGACUAUCAAGCCUGAGUAUCCGGACUGGUACUUCUAUGUGCUGAUGGUGUUUGGAUCCCUACACGUGCUGCUGUCCCUCGUGAUUCUGGUGGAGUACUUUCUGUCCAACAGGCCUCAGCUGCCCUCCUUACAUGAGAUCAAAGAAACCAUAGCCAGCUAUCAGCCCGGAUCAUCAGCACAGCAAACAGUAGAGGACCACAACUCUUCAGAUAGCAGAGAUACUCAGCAGCAAGUCCCCCAGUCAGGUUUCGAAAUAAACACACCGCCGCUCCAACACCAGAUCACGACACCACCAACGCAAACCUCAGCUUCAAAAACAAUUACAGAACAGCAGCUUUUUCCAGUAGCAGCUUCUCAGACAUCAAGUAGCGGACAGUCGCGAUUGAGCUACAGUCUCAUGACCAGACCUCCAAAAGUAAAAAUUGAUGGGGCACUUAGUCGUACAAUAGCACUAUGUACAACGCUGCCCUCCAACGCUGACCUCGUGAUUCUGGUGGAGUACUUUCUGUCCAACAGGCCUCAGCUGCCCUCCUUACAUGAGAUCAAAGAAACCAUAGCGGGUUUAAUAGGAGUGGAGUACUUUGGCGGAGGCGGGGAGGACAAAGAAGAGAGCGCCGAGGAGGGAGGGGAUGAGCACUUGAGAGUGGACUUCUUCUCCCUCACAACAUUCUACCACCUCCUGUUUGUGGCGGCGUCAGUGUCUGGGGUGGUGUUUUAUGGCUACUUCUUCUGCUUCCACAUGCUGCAUGUAGUACCUCGAAACCAGAUGCUCACCAGGGUUCUCAAAUCCGUUACACAGAACGGUCAAUCUCUGCUGCUGGUGGCUCUGCUGGGCUUGAUCAUCAUCUGGAUCUAUGCUGUGGCCUCUUUCGCCUUUGUGCGCUACGCGUU